AUGCCCGUCGCCACCGCUCGCCGUACAGCUACUACUACUAGCUCCUCCCUUGUGAAUAGAACAACCAAGUCGAGUAGGUCGACCAAACUGCACAGUAUUAGUGAAGCGCAGGUGAAAGCCUGGAGUGAGGCGCUAAAAGCACGCAAUGCUGUGAAUAACAACGAAGACGAACGUGAGCUGGACGACGAGGAUGAGUACCCGUUCAAGGACCAGGAUCUAGUUUGGGUCCGUACAAAGGGCGCCAAGUGGGUCUACGGGAAAGUAUCUGGAGGGCCCUCGCUCAUCCGAGCAGGCCGGACGCGCUAUAGCAAAGAAGGUCUGUUUUACCCAGUCAAGUUUGGCGACAAGCUGCACCUGCGCAAAUACUUUGCGCCGACGAACGGGGACAUCAAGCUGGACACCAAAGCGGUGCGACGGAGCAUGAUCCAGGAAGGCUUGAUCGACGGUGACACUACUGAUGACGAUGAUGGGACCGAGGCGCUCUCUGAUCCCUCGGAUAGCUCAUAUGUCGACUGA